AGGAUGUACUGUACUUUAAAUCGGUUAGAGGGCAUUUUGGUCCAAACACAAAAUUGGGGAAAAAAACCCUCUGACGGAAAUCUCAGAGCAAAAAUAAAGCCAACGCAAAAGGUCAAACCCUGGACCGAUAUGCCCUCGCUUCGUUGACGUCGACCCCUCCUUUUGUGACUUACGCUCGUCACUUGCAAACUUAACGUCCGAAAAAAACAAAACACUCGCAACCCAACAAAAGAGAAUAGGUGUCCACGCGUAUUCCUCACGCGCGCUCUAUGGAGAUUGGGACUUCCCACAGUGGGUCCCCCUCAGAAGAGCUUACAAAUCCGAAACCACGUCAGCUCCCACGCGCCCACGCGCGUUUUAUCUGAGUGUUCAUAAAACCCCACUUCACUUACUAUCUCAUCGGUCUCCGCUUAACGACACGCGACAAUUAAUUUCCCGUCACAUGACUGUCACUUUUCCUGUCAGCAUCCUCCAUCUGUCCUUUUGACACGUCACCAUAUUAAAAUAACCUUCCUGUCACUCAAGCACCCCCCCAUCUCGUCCAUAUUAUAUUGCAAAAUACCAAAUCGAAAAAAAAAAAAUAUACAAGUGAUUUACUCUCCACCUACAAAAGCAGUGAGGAAAUUUAAUUCUUCAGUUAGGAGUUACCGUCAUCCAUGUAAGCCCCCUGAUUUUAAUAAUCCUCUCCCUUACUUGUAAUAUUUACCAAAAUGCCCUCCCGCCAUUCGCCGCCGUCACCGGCGCAUUCCGACCACCGCCACUCCCACGUCCUCCCUCCUGUCAUCGCCGGAUCUCUGGCGUUCGCGGUGGUUCUGCUCGUCUUCUUCACUAUUCUUCUCUACCGGAAGUUCUACAGGAACCGUACGGCUCCUUCGGAUCUCAUAUCUAAGUCGCCUGAGAGCUACCAAUGCCGCCGCUUCUCGUAUUCCCAGCUCCGCCGCGCCACUAGCUCUUUCUCCGCCUCGAACCAGCUCGGCCAUGGCGGUUUCGGGUCUGUGUAUAAGGCUGUGCUUCCGAGUGGGGACUCGCUCGCCGUCAAGGUCAUGAAUUCCUCCGUCGGGUCCCUUCAAGGCGAACGCGAGUUCCACAACGAGCUAUCGCUCUCUUCUCACCUCGUCGGUUCGCCUCACGUCGUCUCUCUCAUCGGCUUCUCCUCCGACCACCGUGGUCGCCGGCUCAUUCUCGUCUACGAGCUCAUGGCUAAUCGCAGCUUGCAAGACGCACUUUUGGAUCGCAAAUGCGAGGAGCUGAUGGACUGGAGCAAGCGAUUUGAGAUUGCCACCGACAUCGCCAAGGGCAUCGAGUUCCUUCACCACUGCUGCGAUCCACCCAUCAUCCAUGGGGAUGUCAAGCCCAGUAAUAUCCUGAUUGAUUCAGAUUUCAAAGCCAAAAUCGGAGAUUUUGGUCUGGCGAGGCUGAAAUCCGAGGAUUUUACUAACAGUAACGACACUACUAUUCGUAUACAGGAAGAGGAAAAGGUGAAGGAUUGUACGGAAGACAAUGGAUCGAUCUUGGAGGAAACAGACAGUGUGAUUACUGGGUACGAAGAGAGUAGUGUUGUCGUAAAUGUCGUGGAUCGAUCGCCGGAAAAUUGUGCGAUAAGCGUCCUGGAUGCGGGACCAUCUCCGGAGACCACCUCGGGCUUAUCGCCCGAGGUGGGUUUGGAAAAGGGGAGUGUUUCGGAGAGUUAUUUCGAUACGAUGAGUGUUGAUAGCAACAAGGAUUUGGUUCUCAACAAUGGCGGAGGUAAGCAAAAGGUUGGUUCAAGGAGAGAUUGGUGGUGGAAACAGGACAGCAAUGGCGGAGGUGGGGCUGAAUCUGGGAGGGUGAAGGACUACGUGAUGGAAUGGAUCGGAAGCGAGAUAAAGAAAGAGAGACCCAACAAAGGAUGGAUCGAAACGGGUGAUGGGUCGGUCACCGAAACCGAGCAGAAGAAGGAACGGGUAAAGAGGAAAGAGAAAAAGAGAAAGCCCAGAGAAUGGUGGAAAGAAGAGUUCUGCGACGAACUUACCAGAAAAAAGAGAAACAGGAAGAAGAAGAAAAGAGGCCUCCGUUCAAUCUCUAGCAUCGACUCGUGGUUUCACAGAGACGAAGAAGCUUCGGCUCACGAACAUAAUCAUCCUCACAAGAGGAAGAAGAGGAAUAGCAUAGAUUGGUGGCUCGAUGGAUUCAGCGGCGAGCUAAGAUCCGUCAUUGGAAGAAGAAACAGCCAAGAUUCUGGUCUCUGGUUCGAUCCGAACAUUCCCAAGAGCGGCGGAGUCAGCAGCACGCCGAGCAUGAGAGGCACGGUCUGCUACAUUGCUCCCGAGUGCGGCGGCGGCGGCGUAUUGUCGGAAAAGUGCGACGUCUACAGUUUCGGAGUUCUGCUUCUGGUUCUGGUCUCCGGAAGGCGGCCAUUACAAGUAACGGCAUCGCCCAUGUCGGAGUUCGAGAGGGCCAAUUUGAUAUCAUGGGCAAGACAGUUGGCGUGUAACGGAAAGCUACUGGACUUAGUGGACAAGUCUAUACAUUCACUGGACAAAGAACAAGCCCUUCUCUGUACCACCAUUGCAUUGCUCUGUCUGCAGAGAUCUCCAUUGAAGCGGCCGACAAUGAAGCAGAUCGUCCAGAUGCUUUCAGGUUCGGCCGAGCCGCCGAGUUUGCCGUUUGAGUUCUCGCCCUCGCCGCCGAUGGGAUUCCCGUUCAAGUCGAGGAAAAAGGCUCGGUGAAUUCCUUCACGUUUUGAUUUCGAUUCUGACAUCCAAUUGUAGAUUUGUUUGCUCACUUCAUCAUAUCCUUGAACCAAGUACCUCAAUGUAAAAUAUUGGAAUUCGGAGUUAGGCUUAGAAUAGAUUGCAAUGAAGAUUGUUUUUUUGUUAUCUUUUAUGGCAACAGUCGGAGUAUAUGAAUCUUGGACUUUUGCCAUAGGGCUAUAUAGGUUGGACGAUUUAUUCGGCUACAGUUCAUUUGGCUUCCGGUUAUUUUAAA